CUGACUGGGAACCCCUCGAGAAUUCAAGACACCCAUGUAUAGGCACAAUUACUGCACACCACGGUAACCUGCAAACCUGCACCGCUUCGGAAAAACCCUGGGCCGCUGCAGCCAGCAACUGCACCGUCUGCAGUGACACUUCAAUGUCCCACCAUGGAGUCGCCCGACAACGAGCAUGCCUUCCCCGGCGACGACGCCCCGAGGCCACGACAGCUGCCCUCCGACCUGCCCACCUCGCUCGACGACCGCCGCAAUGUCAACAUCAUGAACGAUGAGACGGAGAUCUACGACGCCUGGCAAGGUGGCAGCACCUUCCUCACCACGCCAAUGCCCGCCCGCCCGCUGAACUUCAACCUCUCCCUGGACGACCCGAGCUUUGGCGAUGAGGACAUGCAGCAGCUCGAGGACAGCGACAGCCGCCUUGUGCAGAUGCUGGCCCACCAGGCCCGCCUGAAGAACGAGAACGCAGGCGACGAGGCCAAGGUUGUCGCCGACGAGAAGCUCUCGCACGACGAGAAAAGGGAGGCAUUGCAGGGACUCUUCACGCUGGCCGCCUCCAAUGGCGAGCUCGAGCGGGUGAAGCGGCUGCUGCACGGCAAAACAAAGGAAUACAUCAACAUCAACGGCGUCGACGCAGAAGGCACACCUCCCCUGGUCUAUGCAAGCUGUUUUGGACACGAGGACGUCGCAGCAGUUCUGAUUGAGGAAGGUGCCACGGUGGACAUCCAGGACAAGAACCGCUGGACCCCGCUGAUGUGGGCCAUGACCAACAGACACAAGGCUAUUGUGAAGCUCCUCCUCGACCAUGGAGCUUCUCCCGACGUCAAAUCGUCUGGCGGACGGACGGCCUUCGACUUUGUCGAGCCCAACAGCGAGAUCUCCGACUACCUCCACGAGAGCGGGUACGCCAUUGGUAAUGCCGGUGUAGGCGACGACUUCUACAACUCUGGCUUCGAGCAGGAUCGCUUCGAACAGGAGAUGCACGAGAACGACUUAAAACGUCGCAUGAUGAUGGAGAGUGCAUUCAACCUCGAGGUCGACAUUGGAAAUCUAGGCCUGGACGAACAGCCAGAGACCCCAGAGGAGCCAGAGGAAGAGGCACAAGAGUUCAUAUGGGAUAGGUGCCUGAACGACCAGAUGUUCGUCUUCCAGGAGAGCGAGCUCGAGCGCAUACUCGAUAUCAUCAUCACGAACAUGACGCCGCAGCGCUCCCCGUCCCAGAAACCAGUACCCGCAAACAUACUAUUUCUCAGCGCUCGAUAUGCGCAUUACCACGCCAGCCCAGAGCUGCUAGAGACACUCCUCAAAGCCGCGAUGACCAAGAUCAACGAGGUCGUGGAAAGAUACCAGUGGGACAUGACUGUCUUGGCUUUUUGGAUGUCCAAUGCGACUCUACUCCUACACUACCUCAAGAAAGACCCUGGUGUCAUGGGCGCAACGACCGACUUCCAGCUGCAGAUGGCGGAGCUGAUUAACGAAAUCUUCAUCUUGAUCAUCCGAGACGCGGAACGUAGAAUGGACAAGAACUUGGACCAGGCUAUGCUUGACCACGAGCCGAUGCCUGGAUUUGAAGACGUGCAGUUCCAGCACGAAUGGAAGAUAUUCCGCUCAAAACCAAAGGCCAAACCGAUUGAGCCUAUCGAGAAGCGUUUCAGACCUCCGUCGCCAAAGCGAAGAGCACAGCCAUCGCCGCGUAACAUAACGUCGCUCUUGUCGUCAACUCUGUUUGUCCUCGACCUAUACGACGUGCACUCUGUAAUCACAGCACAGAUCCUCUCGCAACUGAUAUACUGGCUUUCAACUGAGAUUUUUAACCGAAUCAUGUCUAAUCGAAAGUUCCUCGCGCGGACCAAGGCGAUGCAAAUACGCAUGAAUGUAUCGACGCUCGAGGAUUGGGCGCGAUCGAACAACCGACAGCCGGAGCACUACGAGAACGGUUCGAUGACAUCCACCGGCGAGAACACCGUGGAUUCCGCGAAACGGCAUCUUGAACCACUCGUGCAGUUACUUCAAUGGUUGCAAUGCUUUUCUUCACUUGGAGAGGACCUGGAAUCCCUCGUGGGCACCUUGCAGCAACUUACGAGGCUAUCACCACAACAGCUUCUGCAUACAGCCAAGUACUACCGGCCUGAAGUGGGUGAGAAGGGACUGCCUAAGAGCGCUUCCAAAUACAUCGUACAUCUUCAAAAAGCCGCUGCAGACCGGAAGAUCGCACGCGCGAGAUCUCCCAACCCACAGCAGAAGACAGUGGACUCCGCACCUACGACUCCGGUGCGGCCAACAGCGCAGAACGUUGCCUCACCGUCACCCGCACCUUCUCGUCAGCUUGAAGAAGAUGAGAAGGAUGAGCCGCCGGACGAACUGCUUCUGGAUCCUUCGUACAUGCUGCCUUUCUCCUUGCCAACAUCGACCGACAUGCUCAUCAGCUAUGGCGCCGGAUUUGGCGGCAUGAACAGGGAACGAGAACGGAAAUAUAUCCCGACCGUUCCGCCCGAGUUCAUGGCUAAGCUUGAUCUCAACGGCGGCAACAAGAACGGAGAAGCCUACUACGAAGACACACAGUGGAAUGAUCGCAGCUAUGGGUGA